AUGACGGACCAUGAACAAAUCAACCCACCAUCUAUUCUGUUUGAUGGCACUGAACAUCUUAGAUGUCCCUACAUGGUCGGAAAUGUCAUAGAGCUGCGGCUGAAGACAUCAUCUGAUGGACAAAUGAUAGGCGCCAGAAUCAUCAAGAUCUUUGAACCGUUUACCUGGUCCUGUGCGAUGGUUGUUCGACCAGUCUGCCCUACUACCGCUUGGGGAGGUGAUAUGGUACUGAAACUCUUCGACCGACGUUUUGCAAUGGGGUUUAGAAAGAGCGAAGAAAUCAGUCCUUGGUCCCUGGAUAUCGAACAGAAUUAUCAUCAGUUCAUUCUGAAUGGUGAUGCAGCGAAGCUUGUUACUGAGCUUACCGCCGAUAGAGGUUUACCAGCUCGAGAUUUUGAUGUCUGGAAUUCUUCUCAAGAAGAAACCUAUUUGCAUGACUUUAUGCAAGGUCUCUACGAAACAGAAACUCAAGUAUACAAUACCCUAGCAGAUUUACAAGGGAGCCACAUACCCCAACUCUUUUCGUGUGUGACAAUGCCUCUCUCUACCCCAGUGCAAAACAAUCCGCUUAGCGAAUACAUUGAUAUCCCUGGAAUCCUCUUGCAAUACGUUGAAGGGUUCCCCUUGACUGAUAUCGCUACAUGCGCCCCAAGAGAUAGCUGGCAAAGCAUCUGCGAAGAUACUAUUCGAAUUGUCAAUCUUGUUGGCGAUAGAGGAAUACUCAACGAGGAUGUUAAGACAAGGAGCUUCGUUGUGCAGAAAUGCCCAGAAAACCAAUUCCAGGUCUUCAUGAUCGAUUUCGCGUUAUGCGACUUCCGUCAAGAUUAUCCAAAUGAAAUCGAAUGGGAGAAGUACAAGGCAAGAGAGGAUGAAGAAGGAGCGGUUGGAUAUGUUAUGCAAAAGAAACUGCAAGGUGGAUUUGUGUACCACCGAUCCGCUUUAUACACAGAGCUAGAUAAGAAGUAUAGAAUGGAUGUCUGA